UAUGGGAAAAUAUUCCGAAUCCUUAACUUUCUUGGCCAUAUUGCUUAUUGCUUAUGCUCUAUUUAGAAGAUUCGUAUCUCAGAAGAUGUUGCUUUAAUGUUUUUAAUGUAAUGUUCUUUCCAAAUCAAAAUGGUGUUUUUAGGCCUGUAAGCUUUAAUUUUUCCUCAUAAUUUAAGAGUUGUCAGUCAAUCAAACCGCAGAGCGUGUCCCAGGUUACCAUGGAAACAGAGACGGUUUCCAUCGUCCUGUUUACCAGGAAGAGGCGGGGUGUAUUCCUUUCUCUAGUUCUGUUGUUUUUAGGCAAAAGAUGGAGCUCCCGGAGACCAUCAGAAAGCGCUUAGAUGACUUUUCUCGUAAUAUCUUAUUUGACCAGACUCGAACUGUGACGUUCACCGAAGAAAACGACGGAUUCUUGCCUGACGAGAAACCAGUUCUGUCCAGCCUCCAGCUGCAGAUGUCGUUGUAUUUUAACUUGUGGUUCUUUCCCUGUUGGUGGAUCAGUGAAACUGUUAUGCUGCAUCUCAAGUACUCUGCCUUGCCUGAGUACUACAAGUUCAUCCUUGUGACUAUUCUGCUGCUGAUGACUCUUAUUGAGGCCAUCAGACUUUAUCUCGGAUAUGCUGGGAACCUGCAAGAAAAGGUGCCAGAGUUGGCAGGCUUUUGGUUGCUCACCAUCCUUCUGCAGCUUCCCCUCAUCCUUUUCCAGCUGUUUAAUGAAGCCAUUCUCAUCCAGCCUCUGGAGAGGGGCGUCCACAUAGUGCUCACCAUAUUCAUUCUCAUACAGGCAGCCUCUGGUUUUGCAGCGCUGCGGAACAUGGUUAGACACACAGGGAGCCAGUUUCAUCUCCAACAGUUUGACUGACUUCGGAGGCUCUGGUGUGCAAUGAGUCACAAGGAUGCCUUCUUUCUGCGCAUAUCUCAAACACUAAGGGUGAUAUAAAAAAGGUCUUAACAUGUGUCAAAUGGUUGAUAUUUUCAUAUGAUUUAUAUUUAAAUAAAAUAUUUAUUUUUGUAUUUUA